ACGGAGCGAGACACCGUGUUCGGUUGUUGUCCGAAAUUGGGUCAAACAACGAAAGUGUCGAAAGAGCCCCCCUUUCUCUGAGUAUAAAAACUCAACUGUGCCCGAUUCCAGUCAUCAGUUCUACAACUCAUCACACAAAGUCAACAUGAAGCUGUUCGUCAUUGCCGCUAUCUUGGCCGUAGCCGUCGCCGCUCCUUCCAGUUACAAAACUGAGGAGAAGAAAUACGAGAAGGACUACAAAUACCCCGAGAUCACCGUCACUGGCCAAUCUGAUGAGCGCAACCUCGAUGGCAGCAGCCAGUGGAACUACGCCCAAUCCGACUACGCCACCCGUGCCGAAUCCCAGGCCCAGAAGAAAUUCACCGUCACCACCGUCGAUGAUUACGGCAAAGAAACCAAAGAGGAAGUCUACGGAAACACCAACCAAGGAUCCUCCUACUGGGUUUCCCCUGAAGGCGAGAAAUUCACUUUGACCUGGGUCGCCGAUGAUGCCGGAUUCCAGCCAAAGGGUGACCACUUGCCCGUCGCUCCCGUCCACGUCUACGAGCUCCCAGUUGCCCCAGUCCAUGAAUACGAACUCCCAGUUGCUCCCGUCCACGAAUACGAACUCCCCGUUGCCCCCGCCCUCCCCUACAGACGCACCGGACUCGGUUAUUAAAUUUGGUUAAUUUGUGUAAUGGGACACUUACAUCGUGUCAUAAUUCCUAACCAGGUAAAUUUAUUUAUUGAAGGAGUUCAAUAUAUUGAAAUAUCUCAAACCCAA